AUGACACAGGCCGUCAAGCGGGCCUGCGACGCCUGCCAUCGUCGCAAGGUCAAGUGCGACGGCGUCAACCCGUGUCGCAACUGCCAUACCGCCCAGCUCUCCUGCACAUACAAUGCCAUCCCCCAGAAGAAGGGCCCCAAGGGCUCCCGCGCAAAGGUCAUCAGCGAGUUGAGGGAAACACAGCGACAGACCAGCCUGUCCGCCAAGGUCCAGAAUCGCAUGAAUGGAAUCCCGAAUCCCCCUGGCCCCGUCACCUUGUCUCCGACACCAGGCCUACUCUCGAGCGAGCUCGUCAAGGAGUGUAUCGAUUUCUAUUUCGCCAACCUCUACGAGAAGAUACCCAUCCUCGACCGUCGCCAGAUCGACCUCCAGCUCCCCUACAUGGAGCAGAACCGCGAUACCUACUGCCUCAUGACCUCGCUGUGCGCAUUCAUGUUGCUCCAGCCGGGCAUGUCCAUGCCCACCGGCGACCCUUACAACCUCGAUGUAAUGCCUGGUGCCACCAUCGUCGCUAGCCAGUUGCUUCUCGACGAGACCCUGCAAGUGCGCAAGGGCUACGACUACCUCGACAGCCUUAGCUUCAACACCCUCGCCACCAACUUCUUCAUCUAUGGAUGCUACCACGGUCUCGAGCUUCACGACAAGGCUUGGUUCUACCUCCGCGAGGUUUCCACCAUGAUGCAUCUCAACGGCAUGAGCAAGGAAGAGACAUAUCAUGGCCCCCAGUGGGAAAAUGCAGAGUCGUCCCGGAGGAGACGCCUUUACUGGCUCUUCUACAUCAUGGAAAGAGCCCACGCCAUCCAGCGCCAGCGACCUCUGACACUGCAGGCCACCAUCAACCCUCCCAACUCUGCCGACGACCCGAGCGACCCACUCAGCCAUCAGCUCAACAGCUUCAUCAUGCUCGUCAACCUAUUCCGUCCUUUUGACGAUGCCUUCACUGCCGUCUGGAAUAAGACCCGAACCAACCUCUACGUUGCAAACCUCCAGAAGCAGUUGAACGAGGUCCUGCCUACCUACCUUUGCCAGGACGGCCAGUUGUCCGACCUGCGCACAAACCAGCAAUGGCUCAAGAGCACCGUCUGGCAGCUGACCCACGGCAACAUGAACUCCCAGAACGAGGACAACAUGAACUUUAACUACCCUGUUGACCUUUCCCGCGAGCUUCUGAUGACCCUGGCGUCUCACUUCCCAGGACAGGGCAUGGAACUGAUGGGAUCUGGACUAAUUGAGAAGCUUUUCGAGAUCAGCUGCAACAUGACCGACUUUCUCGCCGUCCAGCCCGCUGCCCGGGACCCCUUCACUGUUGGCCCUCGCGAACAACUCAACCAAACGCUCAACAUUGUGGCCGUUCUCCGCCAUGGAGACCACCGCUUCUUGCCCUUGCUCCUGAACAAGGUUGCCGAGAUCAUGCCACGCUUGACCAACCCCAUGCUGCAGAAUGCGCCCGAAAACUCCAACCUAGGCAACAUGGACAUUUUUGAUGGAUUUGGCAAUGCUGGCAUGGCUCAACCGCCCCCCCAAAUGCAAAUGCAGAUGGAUACCGAGUACGAACGCAAAUACGCUGCCACCGACUACGACAAGAAGUAUGGCAUGUCGGACAUGAACAGCAACGGCAGCGACACCAACACCAUUGCAGCCUCGUCUGCCGGUGCACCUUCCGUUCCUCCAGCAACUACCGCAGAUAUGAACUCGCCCUUCGCUAGCUCUCCCCCAAUCAUGUCUCCACCUAUGGAGUAUCCACGCAACGGAAUGAACGAUUACGGAUGCACUCAAAUGCCCGAUAUGGUCAUGAGCCCGAUGGGCCAAAAUGGAUCGGCGAUGAACGGCUCGAGCACCAUGAGCAACCAGCACCGACAGCAACAGUCUCAUCACCUCAUACAAAACCAAUGCAUGACGCCUCAGCAGAUGCAAUCGAGUAUCGGUCAGCAUCAGAACAUGCAACAAGGCAACAUCACCCCCCCAUCAAUUCAAGGGCAACAAGGCCUGAAUUCGUCCUCAAUUCCGACAUCGCACCCUUUAGGUCCAGGCGGGAAUAACCUGAUGAACUCCAUACCUCGGCAGCAGCCGCAGCGUGCCACUAGUUUUGCUAUCCAACAACCGGUCCCACGCACCGUUGGUGAUUUUCACGCCCUGCAGCGGGCCAACUCCGACAUGCCGGGUCUAUCUGGCAUAGGCACAGAGAUGGACUUUAACACGCUUCGUUAA